AUGCCAUCAGGAGACAUCGUGGUCGACUCGGCCGUGGACAUUGCCGAUGCCUCUCCAGCAGCAACAUCCCACCUUCAUUCAGCAAGCACCGAGUUCCUGUACCUUCCAUCGGGUGAGAUUUUGGCGAAACCAAGCAGCUAUCAUGCCGGUAGUAGUGUCGUCGCCAUGCCACCGCCGAUGAUAGACAUCCCGUCGUCACGAUACGCUAGUUCUAUGUAUCACCACCCGCCGUCCACAUCGGCGGCGUCGCCCAUGUCGCUGCAGGAACAAGCGUUGUCCCCGUCGUCGAACGUUCCACGUCGUCGUGGCCAUCAUGGAAUAGACACAGAAAAUAAGCACGGGACGGCUCAUGCGUACCAGCAACGCAUCCUGGAGCUGGAAACGUUGCUCCAGAACGAAAAGAAGCGCUCGUUGGACAAAAUGCGCCUGCUCUUGGACGAGCAGGACAAAUCCCACGACCUCCAGACCCGUUUUUCGUCGUUGCAGACCAAGAUCAAGACCCUGGAAGCAACGAUCUCGCGCCACGACACCCACACCCGCGACCUCCAAGCGUCCGUCGCGGCGGCAAAUGCCCGCCAGGCUUCGCUCGUCCACGAGAUCAGCGACAAGACCAAGCAUGUGGACAAGCUCACGCAGGACCUGGCGACCGCUCAGAAAACCAACGCGCUGCUUCUGGCCAACACCCAGCCCGCCGCAUCUCGACCAUCCCCACCACUUCCGACAGUGGCCACAUCGUACACCCAGACCGAGGCGUACAUACCAUCAGCGUCAAAUCAAGUCUUGUCUAAUCCCCAUAACAACCCAGAGUCGCUCGAAUCAUCGUCCAUCCCUACAAUCACCAUGGCGACCCCCGCCGCCAUCCCAUCGACCGCGUCGCCUGCGACCAUACCCCCCCCCCAUCAUGCGCCUACUCCUUCGACCGACGCUCCAUCUUCUUCUACUUCCCCGCCCCCUUCCACUUCUUCGAUGGAAUCCGUCUUGGACGCCAUCCGCGCGUGGAAAGAUAUGGCCGACGCCUGGAGUCGAAACCCUCCAGUAACGUCUACUUCGUCCUCAUCCCUGGACGCAUUGCUCGGCCAGUUCCCCGCCCUCCCCCGCCGCAUCCCGUCGGAACUUGGUCCAUCGAAAGACGCGGCCGCCGUCGCCAUGCUCCAGCGGCGACUGGCGCUGGUCGAUAAAGAGUACCGAAUCACCCACACCAAGUACAUUGAGCUCAAGGAACUCUGCGCCAGGCAAUGUGUCCGCGAAGCCGAUCUCCAGAAUUUCGUCAACGAACAUCGACUUCGAGGUCAAUGCAGUUUGCGUCUGCCGUCGUCCACAACUGGCCCAAACAUAACAUCUGCCGCAGCGCCAGGACCUUCUCUUCAUGACGCCAAGGAACAUGCAGAAACCAUCCGCCGCCCCAUGGACGGCCAUGUCAAGGUCGUGAUCCGCAGACGUGACCAGUCGACCGUAGACGAUUCGAGAGCCCCCCCCAAGAACCAAACGACCAUCGGACGACCCCCCCCCUUGAACGUGGUUGCGUCCAAAGAGUUAAUGAGACGACACCAACGUAUCCCCACCCCCCGCCACGCCAAACAACCAAAAAAGGCGACUCCAGCCAUUGGACGGCCGUGGGUGUAG